AAUGACAGCGCAUUUAAAUCUGUCACUGUCAAUGCAUCAGAAACAAAAACAAAAUCCGUUUUUGAAAGAUGCUCCUUUGUAUCGAAAAUAUUUAAAUUGAGACAUUUUUAAUAGAAAUAAAAAAUGGAGCAAGUGCGAUUAUUGGUACAAGAACAGGGCAGAGAAGCUAGGAAUUUAUUAACAUUCAAUAUUUCAGCUGCUAAAGAGGAAUUUAGAAGUAAAGUAGCAAGAAAACCACCUUUUUCUCCUAGAACUAAUACUGACGCCAAUUCAAAGUCAUCGAAUAUAAGAUCUAGAACAGGGGCUCGUGUACGUUCGGCUUCUACAGGAAGAGACAAAAGAUCUGAGUUCAGAGCUCGAUAUUGGGCUUUGCUUUUUGGAAAUUUACAAAGAUCAAUCGCGGAUAUUUACAGCACAGUUGAAAGUCAUGAGAGCCUUAAUGAAUGUCAAGAAGUGCUUUUAGUUUUGGAAAAUUAUUUACGAGAUUUUUCUGCUUUAGCCGAUUGGUUUAGGUUAAAAUGGGAUUACGAAAAUACUCCUGCUUUACAAAGACCUACAUCCUUAACUUGGGAUAUUUGUAAGACUAAUUUGACAAAAACGUGCAGAUCUGGUAAAUCUUCACCAUGUUUAGCAUCUGGUAGGAACAGCCCUAAUGUUUCUUCAGGAAAAAUUAGUCCUAAAUUGUUACAAAAUAAAACAAAAUCCUCGAAUUCUUGUCCUACUAGUCCUUUACCAACAAUAGAUUUACCAAUAAUCGAAGGACAACCUUUGGUGACUUCCCAAGUAGUUGGAGUUGAUGAAAAAGUUGAAAAUAAAGUAGAUGAAGUAAAUGAUAAGGAUAAGAAAGACGAAAAGGACAGUUUUGAUAAAAAAAAUGAUAAUCUAACGACAACUGUACAAGUUAUAAGUGAGAUAAUUAAUGAAACUGUUCCAUUGAAAGAAAAAUUAGUUAUUGAAGAAGAUUCCAUAGCUGAGAAUUUAGAAGUUGAACAGAAAUUUAAUGGAAAUGUCAAAAAACCAGAGACAACAAAGAAAAAACCAGAACCGAUAAAAACAGAAAACAGAAUCAAAUCUACCCCAAAAACAAAUGUAAAAACAUCAGGUGUAAAAUCUGAUAAAAGCUCUCAAUCAAAAACAAAACAGGAAACUACAAGAACAAAUACUAAAACACCCACCAAAAAAACAGUCAAAGAUGAAGAAAAAACCAUCACAGACAACAACACUAGUGAAAAUCAGUUAAAGAAGAACAAUUUGGAGUUAAACCUCAAGGAAUCCCAAGAUGUGACUAAAAAACAUUUAGAUUCCCCAAGCGAAGAUCAACGAACUUACGAUACCCUACGUAAAGUGGGUGUAAAGAGUGCAGAAAAAAGCACCUGCACUGAUGAAGAUUUCCCCAAAUUACCUAUUAGAAGAAACGUCGUGAAAGUAAACAGGGAUUGUCAAACUGAAGAAGAAACUAAAGAACCAGAGAAAAGAGAACAUGAUAAGAAAGAUAGAGAAUUAGAAAAGAAAGAUAAGGAAGCUGAUAAGCGUUCAAAGGGUAGUAAACCAGAAGUAAAACCUGCGAAACAACCUCCUGUUGUAAGAGCCGCUUAUUCAACAGCUUUAACCAAAAGUGCUUCAGCUAAAAUUGUACCACCAAGAACUAAAGUAGAAACAAAUGUGAGGAGCAGUAACACUAUUAGGAAUUCAAUGACGUCAAAACCGACGACAAAAUCCUACUCUUCGCGACCUAUUCCAAAUCCACGAUCAACUAAACCGGAAGUUAACGUUCUUGCUCGCAGCAAGACAGUUAGCGAUAUGAAAAAUUCCAAUUUUACGUCAAGGAAUUAUACAAAACCAACGCCGAGACCGUCUCAACCGCAAAAAACUCAUGUAUCGAAUCCUUGUACGGUUUUACAAAAGAGUAAAACGACUUUAAGUAAAGAUCAGUUGACCAAAUCACUUUCUUUGGACGAAUACGCUAGUUCGGCGGAAACUUUGGUCAAUCAAGAAAGGAGUACCGCUAAUACGAAUAGUAGUAAUAGCAUAGCGAGUUCUUCGGAGACUCUAAAUAACGAAAACGUUAAAAAACCGGCCGACGGUUGGUUAACCGUCAAAGGAAGAUCGAGAUUCAAGAACGGCGGUAAAGCGAGAAAUUCUAACAACUCCCUAUCGUGGGCGAAGAGAUUUCAUCAAGUUAGUGCGACGGCUAGUCUACCCGCUCUCGCCCUCCUCCCCGAAUGUUCGGAUGCGUCGAAACCUCAAAAAUCCAUCGAAAAGUGCGUCAAGGAAAAUCUCAAUUCGUUGAAAUCGCUUAAAAAUAACGCGGAAAACGCUAGCGGCGACGCUAACAAAAAUAUUUUAAAAAGAUCUAAUACGACCGUCAGUAAAAUAACGGUUAAGGCGCCCUUCAAUCAAAACGACAUCAUUCAAGAAAAAAACAAGACCAAUAUGCAGAUCAAGAGGACCGUGGAAAGGGAACAGAAGAAAAUUUCGGACGUAGAUUCGGAAACUGACGACGAGAUGAGACUAAAGGAUAUGCAAGAAGAAUUGGCAACCGAAGAAGAACACCGUAUGAAAGCGAAACAACUUUCAGAAGAAGAAGAUCGUCUAACGAAAGAAAUCGAACAUCUUCAAGGUCUAGAAAUCGAAGUCGAUACCGAAACCGACGGUACAGAAACGGACGGUGACGAGUUACAGGGUGAUAACGAUGACGAUACCGAACAAGACGUCACCAUUCUCCAAGACGAUGAAAUGUCAUUGGAAGCAAGAUACGAACCGAUGCUAGCGGAAAUGUCUUGGAGCGAACGCAUCGAUACUUUGGCAGCUUUAGAAGCUCUAUCGGCACGUCAUCCUGGUAGAGCUUUAGAACUCCAUCAGAAAUUAUCGAAUCCGGCUCGUAGACGAAGCUUAGCCGAAACCGUCCGUAGAUAUCAAGCGAAACAAGCCAAAGCCCAACAAAGGCGACAGGAUUUGCAGCAAGAGAAGACGCAGAAGCUGCAAGCGUUGUUAGCUCGAGUCGAAGACGUUAAAGCAGCUAAAUUACAAUUGAUAGAAGACAAAAGAAAGAGAAUGGAGAUGAGAUUACAAAAAGCAGCUAUGAAUCGUAAAAGACACAUAAAGGAUAUUAUAAAGAAAGCGCACGACGAAGAGGAGAAAUUGAAAGAGAUAGCCUUUAUCAACGAACUCGAAGCUCAAAAUAAAAGACACGAUUAUUUACAAUCCUGCCGAGAACAACGAGGUAGAAUACGCGGUAUCCAAGAGGACAGGCGUAAACGACAAGAAGAAAAAGCCGCCAAAGAAGCGGCCGUCGAAGAAAGAAGAAAAGCAUUGGAACGCGAACGAUUAGAAAGAUUGGAUAGAAUGCAAGACGAACGAAGACAAAGAGACGAAAGGAUAGGGCAACAACAACAACAAAGAGAAAGGGAACGACAGGAACUGGCCAGAGAGAAAGCUAGAGAUAGAGAAGAACGUUUGUCUGCUUUACACGAAAAACAAUUAGCUUCGACUCAGGAAUUACAGAAACGCAUAGAACAGAAACACGAAGAUACGAAAAGGAGACACGACGAAAAUAUGGAACAGAUCAGACAAAAGGCUUUGGAAUUAUCGAUACAUAGGAGUCAGAACGAGGAUAAUCAAGCGCCUAAUAUGGUACCGUACGCUACUCAGAAAAUGUGCUCGGUCUGUAACGUACUAAUAAAAUCUGAAGUAUAUUUGAUAAGUCAUCUAAGAGGUAGGAUGCACCAGGAAGCGGUAAAUAAAGCGAAUCUGUCACCGGGUGACGUGGAGCAAUAUAACGUUAAACAAAUAGUGGAAGCGCCCGAAGAAAAAGAAGAUCCCAAAGCGGUAGCUGCGAAAGAACGUGGAAAAACUUAUAGGAAACGUUGUAAGAAAAUUAGACAGAGGAUGGCGAUCAAAGGAGCUGAAUACGAAACUAAAUACAAACCUAACGUCACCGAUGGUACAAAUAAACGUAGUUUGAAUCGUAGUAUAAACACUAUUGGUUCUAUAACUAAUCAAGCUAGUUUGGGGCUUUCUCCGGCGACUACUAGCCAGUUAGAUAGAAUAUUGAACGAAUUGACGAGAUUGUUGAGUAAAGGAGUGAAAAAUGAUCUUCUGAUGUUUCAAAGUGUCGGUGGUUUCGCCGUUUUGGGGAAACUAUUAACUUUAGGACUAGAUGGUAAUAGUUCUAUAUCCGUAAAAACGCUCAUUAUUUGUUGUAAUUUGUGGCAGAUCGCUUGCGGGGGUCCCGAAGGGGCUAAUAAUUGCGAAUACGUGAUUCUGUCAAAUCGAUUGGCACCCGUUAUUGAUAUUUUGAAUAUGAAAUUAUCGACACUUGAAGAUUACGAAGAAACUCUACCGAGUGAACCUCUAUGUACUGCUUUGAUGCAGUUACUGGCUACCGUUUUGAAAAAUGCUCCUCCAGAAACACCCGCCGUUAGAGUUUACGACAUCGUAAGUUUUUCCGUAUGCGUUGGUGUAGUGGAACAACUAGCGAAAUGUUGUUUAUCAGUUAGAGAACCAGUGCACGAUAUACCGACUGCUUGUUCGUUCUUAUUGGCAGCAUUGGAAUUUUUAGCUGCUUUAACCGAUCACGCGCCCGAAGAUUCCGAUACCACACAUUUGGUUAGUACUUUACACGCUACGGAGCUACUAGGAUGUGUUUCGAUGUUGUACGGAUCUCUUCUACCUCCCGAUUCAACACCUAGGGUCGAAGGACAACAACCGCCUUCGAUUCCGACUCCUUGUCUAUCGUUAGCUUCCGUUACCUUCAAAUUAUUGAAGAGAGUAGCGGAAUUGGACAUUAAGAAGUUCCAAGAAGUACUCGGAGCGGAAGGGAUAUCUCUACAGUUCCGCCACAUAGCUAGUCAUUUAAUUUGGUGUUGCGCUUCUCCAAACGUUCCAAAAAAUCACGGUAAAGAAAAUACCGUUACAGAAUUAGCUUAUCAAGAAUUGUUACAUCAAGUAAUCACCGUUACCGGGUAUUUCGCCGUAGAAAAUAACGAUAACCAAAUGCUAUUGGUUAGCGGUCAAUCUCCGUCGGUGUUACAGCAAAUGUGUUCUCUACCUUUUCCUUAUUUCUCAGUGGAAUCGCUUUCCAAUAUAUUAUAUCCGACUCUUCUGGCAUGUUGUUCCGGAAAUGAGCACACGACAUCUAUACUCAAACAAGAACUAUCCUACAGCAUUUUGGAAGAAUUCAGAAAUUCCGAAGCUGGUAGACGACACCGCUUGGUGAAAUUGUUGUCCAAAAAAGCAGUCAAGUGAAACGUUAUUUUUUAUGUGCAUAUUAUUAUUAUUAGAAGUUUUGAAUUUCGAGUUUAUUUAUUUUCAAUUUGAAAUCACUUACCGCACAAUUAUAUGUUCUGGCGAAUUUAAUGUUUUAAAAUAAUUUCAAUAAAACAAAUUUUGGAGGGUUACUAAUUUUGUAAUUGUUUUUUUUUUUAAUUUUUAGUUCAUUUAACAUUAAUUUGUUGUUUUACUUAUAAUAUAAAGUUCAGUGGCGUGCGUAAUAUUUUCGUUUCCAUUUUAAGGUGUUAAAAUUUGAAUUUUCAAUCCAUUGUCGUUCACAAUUAUUUCUGUAAAGUUCCAGUGAUUUUUUUUUAUGAAUCCAGUUAUUUUCACAAUCAUUUUUAUGGGGUUUUCUUUAAAAAAGUCUGAAAUAAUUACAGCAAGUUUCCAUUAGAAAUUUUUUACGAAUUCAAAUACUUUCACCAUAAUUUCUAUGGGGUUCUUGAAAAAAGUCUUUAAAAUUCGAAAAUAGUUCGAAAUAAUUGCUGCAAGUUUCCGUCAGAAAUUUUUUUACGAAUUCAAUUACUUUCUCCGUCGUUUCUAUGGGGUUCCUUUGAAAAAAGCUAUUGAGUCCAUUGGCGCUGAAAGUAAUUCCAGUGGGGUUACUGUAAGUAUUUCUGUGAAAAACAUCUUGUAGAAGUCAGUAACGUGCGAAAUAAUUGAAGCUAAGUUCCAUUAGGAAUUUUUUUUGACCUCAAAAAGUUUUCACUAUCAUUUCUAUGGGGUUCCCUUGAAAAAAAUCUUCUAAAGUUCAUUGAUAUCAAAAUUAAUUGCGGAAUGUUCCAUUUUUUUAUGAAAUUAGUACCAACGCAAUCAAUUUUCUAUUCAUUAAAAAGUGCUUUGAAGAAUUUCAUUUCUACUCGUUCAUGUACAUAUUUGAAAAAUAUAUUUUUUGGCGUUUUAAAAUUUUAUGAACAGUUUGAAUUAUGUAGAGAUGGAAUUUAAAAAUACCUCACUGAACAUUUCUGAAAAAAUUCUAUGGAAAUUAACGAGUUUUUGAAAAAAUCAUAAAUUCCAGUGACGUACGACAAUUUUUAAAGGGAUAUUCAUCACUUACAAUAUAUUGGUAACUAAAAUAUUGCAUUGAAAAAAUUAUUGAGGAGAGGGCUCGAGAAUUUUUGCAAAACUUUUUUUAAAAUGGAUUACGUUAGAAUUUCUAAGAGGUUUUUUGAAAAAUAUUUCACCCGAAAAUUUUCUAAUAAAAAUAACUUGUUUCAAAUACUUUUAUUGGCGCCCAUAAUAUUUUUUGAAACGGCUUUAUGAACAAUAAAAAAAAUUAUUGUAUUUCAAAGAAAUACGCUAAAUUUUCCAAGGGGAUUUUAUUUAUAGCAUACAAACAAAUUAGAAAAAUUAUUUGAAAAAUGUUCUAAAUUGUUCAAAAAUGGCUCGAUUCCAGUGACGUACUCAAAAAUUAAGAAAAAAUUUGAUCAAUUUAAUAUCAGUGACGUACUUUAACUUUAAAAUAUUUUAAUCGAAAUUUACGUAUUUUUAAUGUAAUUUGAUCCACAGAUUUCCUAACGAAAAUUAUUUUUAAACCAUUAAAUUGAUAAAAUUGAUCAUGAAACACAAUCACAAACAUUUUUUUAUGUUAAUAGUUAUACAAUUUGUUGAUAAUAUCGAAUAAACGAUUCUUAGCGUUUUCACGUCAAUUAUGCUUUAAUAAAUUUGUAAAUUUAUCUGUUGUGUUGAUUUUUAUGUAAAAAAAAAUAUAAUUUGGAAAUAUUUCCGUAUCUUCCCGGUAUAGAAUCAUAACAAAAACAUGUUAAUUCAUCGUUUUCGAGAUCGUAGAAUCCAUUUAUCGAAGCUUCAAAUAUAGAUUUUAAUAAUAUUUGGAUCAGUCGAAGAAUCCAUUAAUCGAGUUCAAAAUCUCGAUUUUGCCAAUAAUUGUGCGACUCUCCUCUUUUCCUUCAAGGCCACAUUUCUCAGAAAAUUUUCUCUCCACUCGUUUCUUUAGUCAUGAGCGUCGUCACCUCUUUGAAACGCUUCUAUUCCUUUUUUUAUUGCCCCCUCCCAUAUUUUUCGAUAUCAUAUCUCAAAGGUGAUCAACCUCAACUUCUUUUUCCCUGUAUUUCCUCUUUUUUAUAUAUGAGUUGUGCUUACCGUGUGGAGAUUCCUGCGGAUAUUGAUCUUGAACUUUUUGUAGGUUGUAGUCCCGAUAAACUGAAGUUCUGUGCGCCUGUAAGGCGAAUUCGGUGCCUGUCGAGUAAGUCUUAUAAAAACUGCUCUAACUGGAAUUAUAUUGGUCUUCUCCGAGGGCAUUUGUGGUAGUAACGGUAAAACAGAGUCGACUCAGCGACCUUUCUUCUAUGCUCUAAGCUUCCCACGUUUGUGGUCAUCUCCGGAUCGCCCAUAAGUCGAACUGUCCUCUUCUGUAUUAAGUCGAACAUCUUCAGGGUAUGCUUAAGAGCCGAGCUCAACAUAUACGACGAAUCUGAGCCUCGUAGUGGAUUAGAAGCUUUUGUAGCUUCUUGGUAUUAAAUCUAUAAUAAAUUCCUUGCUCUACUGUAUGUUUUCGUCUUAUAUAUAUUCUUACAACAAUUCCAAAACUUUCUAAACUGUCUAGUAACGGACAACUUCUAGUUUUUUAGUCUUGAAGAGGGUUCCAAGCUUUUGUGAAGCUAAAUUGGCACUUGACUAUGCCAGGACAAAUUUUAUGUCCAGACUAGACCAAAUCCUGAGCUCCAGUACCAGUUUUCUUUGUAAAAAUAGCAAUCUGGGUCUUCACUGCAUUGAACUCAAUCAGAUCGCUUCUACCCCACUCCAGAAUGUUUUGGAGAUCGGUAUUGAUGAUUUAUGGUCGCCUAUAAGAUGGUCAAAAUCAUUUCUUCUUCUAGCUACGUUUCCCAAAUAUUGUAACAUUAUUCAUGCAUAAUGAUGAUGGUGUGGUGGUUAUAAUUAACCCUUUCGGGCCCCUUCGCAAUCUAGGGAGUUUUAAAUAAUUUUCUGUAGCACCAAAUUCAAAUGAAUCAAUACAUUUGUGGUCCUUAGCUCUAAGUGUCCACGAUUUUUAGCAAUCUAAAAAAACUGGGACCAGAUUCAUUCCAAUUUUUUUGCUUUUGAGCUUUUCUAAAAUCGCACUCUUCGCCACUGCUAUUCUUCUUUAGCUUCGUCUAUACAUCCAUCCAUGUUACAUGUAAAGCCGUUUUUCCUUUCGUGUCCUGUUUACCACGUUAAGCUUAUCACACUAUCAUUAGUUUUGUUUCGGUUCCGAUUAUUCCAUUCUUUUAGCUCUAUUUUCUUUAAGAAAACCGCCAUUUAUUUCUCUAUUCUCCCAGAAAUGUAACCUUCCCUUAAUCUAGGAAGUUCUUCAUUUUAGUGUCACACCUCUUUGUGGGUGGAUGUCUGUACCUAUCGUAUCUUCUAUUUUGACUAAUUUCCAAGUAAAGAUUUUUGAUUCAGUGAUUAGGAACCGCAAUUUGUUUGAGUACUCCCUCGAUAAGAGUCGUUUUUGUUUGAUUCAUAAA